GCCAUCUCCCACUUGCUGGCGAGCACCUUUGAGGACCUGUACACUAAAGAAGUUUUUGGGAAGGAAAAGGAGGCAAAUUGGAUCAAGUCCCGAGGAGGAGACAAUGCUUAUCAUGAGCAUUUCACAGAGGAGCUACAGAAGGUUCUUGCUGAGUAUGAGGCCCGGCUGACAGAAGCUGACAGAGUAGAAGAGAACAUCAUUGAGGCCCAGGAUCGAGCAAAAGCUGAAGAAGAAAGAGCCCUGAAUGUGCUGAAGGCAGAUGUAGGGGAAGAUUUCCACAAAAUUGGAUUGCCACCAGUGGCAUGCCCUUUUAGGUGGAUUGUGGAUAAUGAACUACUCAGAAAAAAUCAUUUAACCUGCCCUGAUGAUUACAUCACUGAUAAAUCACCUGUUACUAGAGCCCCGAGAGGAAAAUCAGAAUCUGGGUACUUGAAAGAGACUUUUGCAUUUCAACAGUAUGCUUGCUCAGACUUGCAGAACCAGGUGCCUGCAGAGAUUGCACACCUACACAAAGCACCUGGUAGUUUGCCAGAUGUGUCUUUAGGCACAUUAACUCUGCCUUCAACUCCAGACUCCACCAACCAGGCUAAAAAGACAAGUAAGAAAACUAAUGCCUCACGGAAGCCAACCUGGCAAGACAUUAAGUCCAAAGCAGAGGAAGAACAAGAUCGUGCUUACCUUGACAAACUGGAGAGGAUGCAGAAUUUCUUGAAGAACCCCCGCUUUUUCCCACCAAAUGCUCUUCGUGGAGGCAAAUCUCUUGUCAUUUCUCAAGAAAAGGUGGAAGAAACCAUAGCCAGAAGAAAAGCAGAAGAUAACACAGGUGAUACCUCAUUUGUUCCUGUGUUUCUUGCCAAUCCACCUAUUGUUUUGUUUUCUGAUUAUGAAGUUGGCCAGGUGUAUGAGAUGACUAUAGAGCUGCAGAACAUCACUUCAACAUGUCACCAUCUAAGACUUAUUCCCCCCUCUACUUCAGCAUUUGCCAUUGGGACAGGUAAGGGAAAGGGAGGAAUGAUUGCUCCUGGGAUGACAUGCCAGUAUACAGUCCAAUUUAUUCCUGAAUAUCUAGGAGAUUAUGAAGAUUGUAUAGUAGUGGAGACUCAAGUAUCAGAACCUCUUCUGAUCCCAAUCCAAGCUAAAAGACCACCUCCAGUGUUAACGUUGCCUCACAUUAUAGACUGUGGUUCCUGCCUUGUUGGAGGAAUAAAAGUAACAAUGAUUUUGUGCAGAAAUGAGGGAUUUAGCCCUGGGAAGUUCUGUAUAAUGCCAAAGAAAGACUGGCCACCUCCUAAUUUCAGGGCUGUUGACACUGUUGGUUUUGUGAUACAAGAUCCUUUUGGGAUCCAUCCUGCUUUUUUUGAGCUAGCUCCAGGGCAGAGUACAACAGUAGAGGUAGUGUUUUUCCCUUCUUGUCCAGAAGUCUCACAGCAAACAUACACCAUUGUUUGUGACAACUGCCAAGUCAAUGAUGUUACAGUCACAGGGCUUGGACAGCUGGUAGCUGUGGAGCUUGUGUUUGUCACAGGUGAAGAAGGCAAACCUGAACCCAGUGAAGUGACUGAUGUAACAGCACAGCAUCUCAUCUGCUUUGACCCCCAAAACUCUCACACCACAAAGGAGAAGAAACUGGUUAUAAGGAACUCCUGCCACAUAGAACUUCCUUUCUACUGGCAGAUAAUAAAGCCUAAUCUGAAACCAUUAAUGCCAGAAGAAACUGCAGACUCUGUGGAGCUCAAAUAUGAUCAAGACACAGAUUCAGCCUUCUCCCUUAAUCCUGAGCAGGGAGUUUUGCUUCCCCACACUGAUCAUGAGUUUAUUCUCACUUUCUCUCCACAGGAGCUGAAGAGUUACCACAAUGUGAUUCAGAUGGUACUGAGGGACAUCCCAGAAUCACCUUGUUUAGCAGAAGAGAGGGUGCUUCAAAACAUCCCAGAAUACAAAGCAGAGGAUGUAAUAACAUUGGAAAUAGAAGUUAAAGGAUCAACAGAACCAGUUCAGCUUCUUCUGGAACCAUAUGCCAUUAUUAUCCCUGGAGAAAACUUUAUUGGUAUAAAUGUCAGAAAGACUUUUAAGAUGUGGAAUAACAGCAAAUCAGCAAUUAAGUACACAUGGGAGAAAAUCAUAGCCCGUGACAUCAUGGAAGUUGAACCUCGUUCUGGCAUCAUAGAUAUGAAUAAAUGCUGUGAAUUUGAACUGCUAAUCACUGGAAGCAAACCUGGGUGCAUCAACCAUAACCUGCAGUGUAAAAUUGAACACAGUCCAGAGCCAGUUGUGCUGCAUGUUGAGGCUGCUUUUAAGGGUCCACUUCUUUGUAUUGAUCUCCCAUCACUCUGGUUAGGUUUGAUUAAGCAGGGUGAGAGUGUGUUAACAACCUUUAAGAUUAGAAAUCUGUGUCAGCUGCCAGCACAAUGGAGAAUGCAAGAAAGCCCAGCUUGUCUGGCUGAAAGGAAUGAAGAGGUAUCUCCCUUUACCAUUCAUCCAUCUGUUGGAGAAAUACCUCCUUUGGGUACAUGCACUGUGUCAGUUGCAUUCACAUCCAUGCUCUGCCAGCGUCUCCAAACAGUAUUACAACUAGAGGUGGAAAAUGGAGAAGGAAGUCAUCUUCCUGUUUUUGUUGAAGUCCAGACCCCCAAAGUAUGCCUGGUAUCUAGUCAUCUACUGUUCCCUGAAAUUUAUGCUGGAGUUCCUGUUAAAGCAACCAGCAAACUUUUUAACCAGACACUGCUGCCAACAAAAUACCUAUGGGGAAAGCUCCUUGGAAGUCAGGCAUCUUUCUGCUCCACCACUGUCUCCCCAGCAAGUGGCACCUUAGGCCCAAAUGAAGAAAAAGAAUUCUGCAUAGAGCUGUCAGCUAACCUUGUGGGUGAGUUGAAAGAACUUGUCCUUUCCUGUAGCAUAGAAGACAUGGAUGAACCCCUCUUUCUGGGCAUUUCUGGAGAAGUGAAAGGACUGCAUGUCACCUACUCAGUGCCUUGUGACAGUGGGGUUGCCAGUGAUGAAAGGGAACAAAGCCCAUGUGAUCUUCUGCUGGAUUUUGGGUCUGAAGUUGCAUUCAAAGACGUAGUGAAGCGUCAGCUGCUUCUUACCAACCACACUGGAAUCAGUGCUCCAUUCAAAAUAGAAGCUGAGUAUUUUACUGGCUCUUCACUUACUCCAGAACAAGGAAUCUGCCUCUCCUCAAGCUACCUGGUGAAAAGAAGAGGGCCCACCCCAAAGCAUGCAGCCAGAAAAACAGAGGCAGAGUUUGCAGCAGCAGUGCUGUCUCAUGGGAAGGGAAUAGCUUUCCAUGUACAACCUUCUACAGGAACCCUGGAAGCUUUCCAGCAGCUAAUCAUAGAAAUAACAGCUUACAACAACAUGUGGGGACAGUACUGGGAUGAUCUUGUCUGUAAGGUGGGAGACUUACAACCUAAAUUAAUUCCUAUGCAAAUGACUGUGAAAGGCUGCCCAAUCUUCCUACAGAUGAUGGGACCAGAAGCAGAGCAAUCUGUAGUCAGGUUUGGCACUCAUGUCUCUGGAGGGUCUCCUGUCUUCCGGAAUGUCAGGCUCAACAAUCCCACUCCCUUUGACAUCCGCCUGGACUUGGAAGUUUACAACCACGACGAAGAUGAUAAAAAGCUGGUGGACUUCUUGAUGUUCUUUGGAGACCCUUUUCCUCUUAAGGGCAGGGCUGAAAAUGAGGCUGCAUCAACUGGUAGCACCUUGGAGUCAGAGGUCAUGUCAAAGUUGGAGCAAACUGCCAUUCCCCGUGGGAGCAUUGGUUUAGCUUCCCAAACUGCAGAUGAGUCUCCAGACUUUGACAGCAAAGAGAAGGAAAUCCUCACUCAAGAACCUACAACAGAGGACAUUGUUUCUGUACUCAUCCGACCUCAUGAAGGGGUUCCUGCAGAUAACCCCUACUCCAUCACUCCAAGACAGAUAGUGGUUCCAGGAGGUGGCAGCAUCUCCGUUUGCGUGUCCUUCACCCCAGCCGUCCUGCCAGAGGCCGUGCCUGAAAUGCUAUGUGAAGGGUUUGUGCUGGGUUUCAUGAACCUAAACAAGCUGGCACAGACAGUGCCCAACAAGGUGUGUCGCAGCCGCGGCCACGAAGCUGCACCGCUCCGGGUACACCUGGAGGCAUCAGUCAGGCAGGCACUGUUAGAAAUAGAUGUGGAUCAUGAGAGAGGGAUGGUGUUUCACUGCGUGGCAAGUGAUCUCAUACCAGCUCAGCCUCUGUCCGGAGUUUUGACAGAUUCAGCAACGACUCAGAGUCUGAAACUCGUCAAUCGCUCCAAGGUUCCUCUGUACUUCAGGCUCCUUCUGUCUGUGCCAUUCAGCCUGUCCAGCACAGAUCCCAAAAAAAGCACCAAAAGAUCCCACAGCAAGAAGGAGAAAAAAGAGCAGGAAUUACAACUUGUACUUUAUCCACAGCAAAACAUGCUGGUGAAAGUGUCAUUCCACACCACUCUGGAGUUGCUUACCUCUCAACAUUUGCCAGAUGCCCAGCUGCUUCCUGGAUUCCAGCUGCUCCAGUUUGAGAACGGGGAGAGAAAGCUGAAGUUUCAUCAAAAUCUGGUCAUUGAACACAGUAACUGCACUACCCAGCUGGUCCCAGUGACUGCCUACCUCACUGUUCCAGUGCUGGAGCUCUCUUGCGACACAGUUGAUUUCAAGACCUGCUUUGUUGGACAGACCCAGACUGAACAUGUCUUCCUGUGGAACAGGAGUGGCUGUAGAAGCUACUGGACUGCUUUUCUGGAUGAACAGGAAAGGCAUAAGGACCUGGAAGUAUUUUCUGUCUCCCCUAUCAGUGGCAUUUUGAAGGCACGUGAAGGGGUCUCACCUCCCAGAGAGAUAUUGCAGAUCAGCUUCACUGCAAGGAGUGACAUAGAAUAUGAAACUACUGUGACCAUUACAGGAAAGCUGGGAGAGAAGCCUUGCAAGUUACACAUCAGGGGUGGAGGAACAUAUGAUGCCAAGAAUGAAGACCUGUAUUUCAUAUAA